AUGGCUUCAUACGAUGACGACAUCCAUCGGCAGCAGUAUCACCCCUCAAACUCGAUUCCAGAUGCUGCCUAUCCAGAUGACUCGCCAUUCCGGCUCCAGCUCCAGUCAAACUAUGCCGGCGGGGGGCUCCCGACUGGCCCUUCGCAUCCCAUGCCCGGAUUUACGCCUCUGGGUCCCCAUGCAGGGAACCAGUCUGGAUAUCAGUCUCAGCAUCAAGUCCAGCCUCACCAACAGGGAACUUGGCAGCCCUAUGACAUUCCCAGCAGCCCUCCUCCUCCGUAUGACCCGAGUCAAGCCCCGAGCGCAUACUCGUAUCCACAGAACGAUGCGACAACCACUGCUGCGCAGCCCACGAAUUCACACGCCCAAGCUGGAGGAAUCGAGAUGAUGCCCUUGCAAACCAUACCGACGUCGACGUCGCCAACUCACUUGGCGCCUCUGGCGCCCGGGGCGUCAACCUCGGCAUUGACCCAGGCGAGCCAUGCUGCUGAAGACCCCUACAAACUAGACGCGGCGACCAUGGAGCGUAGACGCAAGCAAAGACGCCUCAAAGUGUGCAUCAUCGUCAUGGCCAUCGUAUUCUUCUUCUGUGGCGCGUUGAUCAUAGGUAUAGCCCUGGGAGUUGUCAAAGGAGCACUCAACAACCACCAACCGCCUGACCACGACGACCACGGCUUCUAA